CAACAAUAUCACCUUCAUAUUUUUUAAUAGCCUUAUUUUCAUUACAAAAAUGUCUAUUCGAACGUCCGGUUACGGUGUGCAUGAAGAUAUACGAUUAUGUGAAGUCUAUAUGGAGAUUUCUCAAGAUUCUAUUAGAGGUGUGCAACAAAGUUCAACUUCAUUUUGGAAUCGAGUUGAGGAAGCGUAUAACAAAGAUAAAAAUGAAAAUUGGGAGGAACGCAACGUUAGAUCGGUGGGUGAUCGUGUUCGUACUAUAGAAAAGGCAAUCCGAAAAUUAAAUGGGUGCAUGAGACAAAUCGAAGCAAUGAAUCCUAGUGGAGCAUCGAAUGAAGAUAUUUUAGCCCAAGCAAAAAUAUUACUUAUGCAAGAUCCAAGCUAUAGUAAGGGUUUCAAAUUCGACCAUGUUUGGAAUAUCAUGAAAGAUUUUGAAAAAUUUAAUAAUAUUAGUAAGAAAAGUACAAACUUUGUAUCAUCAGAGUCGGACAGUCCUAUGUCUGAUUAUCCUACGGGAUCUCCAGGUUUAUCAAAAUUUUCUAUGAAUUUAAAUGAUGAUGGCGCAGGUAAUUCAUUGGCUGAAAGACCUACGGGGGUUAAGAAAUCGAAAUUGAAAAGAAAAAAUGACGAAGAAGUUACAAAAAUCCUCAACUCCAUCAAAGAAGAUAAUAAACAACUAAGGGAGAUGCUGAAGAAAAGUCAGUCAGACAGAGGUAUAUACAUGGAAAGUAAUUCCAAAAAUAUGGCACUCAGAGAAUUUAGAGAAGAAAAUAAAAUUUUGAUGAUGGACUUGAAUUCAAUUGUUGAUCCAAAUAUGCGUGCAUAUUGGGAAGCCGAACACAGGCGAAUAUUUCAAAAAAGAGCUCAACAAUCAUCCUCUACUUCAAAUACUUUUGGUGACUAUUUUACUAAUAUUGGUGGAUCCGAUACCAAUCUACCAGAUUAUUGAUAGAAUAUAUGUUCUAUUUUAUUUAUUA